GGGGAAAUGGAAAGAGAAGGAGGAGGAGAAAGAAGAAGAAAGAGCAUAAGAGGGUGCGCUCCGACUUGAGUGCUCAACAUUCUUUUGUUGUAACUUGCCGUGCUGCUAGUUUUUUAACUUCAGUUGUGUAUGUGACAACUUCGAACAAGUACGUUCAAUCGGUCGUUAUGAGCUUGUUAUAACCUUGAAUUAGCUUCCCCCUCCCAGUGGUGACAGGCAGCAUUGGAAGUUUUUGCUUUGGGAUUUGACAAGUUGCGUUUGUGCGUAGCGAUGCAGCCGAGCGGAAGCGGCGGCAGUGCCACGUGGGAAGGCUUGAGCUCAGUGUCCAAACAAGUCUAUAAUAACCCCAAGGUGAGCCUGCUGAUGAAUUCGCGGGCGGCGCAGUACCUGAGCGACCACCCGGUGGUGGCGCUGGCCGUCAUCUUCUUCUGCGCCUCGGCUGCUGUGCCCGUUGCACUCUUUGUGCUUUUUGCUGUGGUCACCAUCAUCAUGUCAGCUAUCGGCUUUCUUUUCUUUGAAGGCUUCCUGCUGUUUGUUGGCGCCUUGAGUCUGCUGUGCACCCUGACGGGCUUGGCCUUCUUCUCCGUUGUGGCGUCGUCUGUGAUGGCCGCCUUUUACCUCGCCAUCUCCAACAUCCUCAACUUCUAUUACCCACACUUAAUGGAGAAAGAGCACGGGAAGGAUAACGAGGACGAUAUGACGCAAAACACAACAGAAUAACAUUGCCACCGUGAAUGAUGUUUUUAAUAAAUUCUUGAUGAAAACCUUUAAUGCAGUUUUUUUUGUUGCAGUUUUAUUUUUGUCCUCUAUAGUCAGGAUACAAAAAGGUCAAACCAUGAAGAUGAAAUAAAAAAAGCAUCAAAUUGA